ACCAGGCCCAGCCCAGCCUCCUCCUCCUUCUCCUCCUCCUCCUUUCCCCCUCCGGCUCGAACGCGGCGCCGGGGCCCGGCAGGCAGCGAACGAGUCGGAACCUGCCGACCGGAGAAAGAGGGCGAGAGGCGGGUCCCGUGAACGGCGGCAGCAGCAGCGGCGGCGGCAAGAGUCGCAACUCGGCGGCGGGCCGCCCCGGCUGGGAGACAAAGGAGGGGAAAGGCGGCAGGCAGCCGAGUUCCGAGGACGGAGCCGCCCGCGGGGCUGAGCACGAUGCGGCGCGGGGCCGCCCGAGGCCGGGAUCGAGGCGGCUGCGCGGCCUGCCUGGCGUGGCGCGGCUAGAGGAGGCGGCGGCGGCGGCGAGGGCGGCGCGGCCGAGGCCCGACGGACUUCCCUUCGGCCGAGCCCGCCCUGGCGGCGGCGGCGGCGAUGUGAAGGCCGGGCCCGGGCGAGCGCGCCGAGGCUGGGCGGAGCGGCGCAAGGACGCCGGGCCCGAGGCGCCGCGCGGCGGAGGCGAUCCGGGCCCGGGCGAUGGAGACGCACGUCUCGUGUCUGUUCCCGGAGCUGCUGGCCAUGAUCUUCGGCUACCUGGAGGUGCGCGACAAGGGCCGGGUGGCGCAGGUGUGCGCGGCCUGGCGGGACGCCGCCUACCACCGCUCGGUCUGGCGGGGCGUGGAGGCCAAGCUGCACCUGCGCCGCGCCAACCCGUCCCUUUUCCCCAGCCUGGCGGCGCGGGGCAUCCGGCGGGUGCAAAUCCUGUCGCUGCGGCGCAGCCUGAGCUACGUGAUCCAGGGCAUGGCGGAGAUCGAGAGCCUCAACCUGAGCGGCUGCUACAACCUCACCGACAACGGGCUGGGCCACGCCUUCGUGGCCGAGAUCGGCUCCCUGCGCGCCCUCAACCUCAGCCUCUGCAAGCAGAUCACCGACAGCAGCUUGGGCCGCAUCGCCCAGUACCUCAAGGGCCUGGAGGUGCUGGAGCUGGGCGGCUGCAGCAACAUCACCAACACGGGCCUCUUGCUCAUCGCCUGGGGCCUCCAACGCCUCAAGAGCCUCAACCUGCGAUCCUGCCGCCACCUGUCCGAUGUGGGCAUCGGGCACUUGGCCGGCAUGACCCGGAGCGCGGCUGAGGGCUGCCUGGGGCUGGAACAGCUGACGCUGCAGGACUGCCAGAAGCUCAGCGACCUCUCCCUCAAGCAUCUGGCCCGGGGUCUCACUCGCCUGCGCCAGCUCAACCUCAGCUUCUGCGGGGGGAUCUCGGAUGCCGGGCUGCUGCACCUGUCACACAUGAGCAGCUUGCGCACGUUGAACCUACGCUCCUGUGACAACAUUAGCGACACCGGUAUCAUGCACCUGGCCAUGGGCAGCUUGCGCCUUUCGGGCUUGGACGUCUCCUUCUGUGACAAAGUCGGAGACCAAAGCUUGGCCUACAUUGCACAGGGCCUGGACGGCUUGCGCUCUCUCUCCCUUUGCUCUUGCCACAUCAGCGACGAGGGCAUCAACCGCAUGGUGCGCCAGAUGCAUGGAUUGCGCACCCUCAACAUUGGCCAGUGCGUCCGCAUCACUGACAAAGGCCUGGAGCUUAUCGCCGAGCACCUUAGUCAGCUCACCGGCAUUGACCUUUAUGGCUGCACCCGCAUCACUAAAAGAGGCCUGGAGCGCAUCACUCAGUUGCCCUGCCUCAAGGUGCUCAAUCUGGGACUCUGGCAAAUGACUGAGAGUGAAAAAGUAAGGUGAGAGGAGGGGACACCCGGAAAGCCCCAUCCCGCCGGAAGGAUUCACCAACUGACUACUGCAGUAGAGAAAAGUGGAGGGGGAGGGAGGCGGUAGUCCUCCAAAGGGGUUUGGGGAAGGAAGAGAAAGCAUCUUCCAUCCUUCUGAGGUCGGUAAACUGAGGAGCCAGAUUGUUGGGGGUAAUAU